CUCUCGCAAGCGUUGGUCCGCGUUUCCGCGCUCUUCCCGGAGUGCCGUGCUUGGUGCUGCGACGGCAGCAACGCGGCCAACGACAGCACAUGUUCCGAUCGCUGCUCCAAGGGAGGCAGCCGGACGAGACAGUAGCGGACGACGAGAAGGGCCAGCCACCACCGGCGCACCGUCUCCCCCGUGUGCGCGCAGGCGUUGUGGUCGCCUUGAUGCCAGCACCAUGAAAGACCAAGUCGGGCCCUCGGACUCCUGGAUGGCCGGGGUCAAGCUGGGCAUUGUGCGGCUCGGACGGGCUGCGGGCAAGAUCAAGUACACCCUUCUUGAUGAACGGGACAUCAGCCUCGUCCAUGAGUACUCCUUUGAGGCCCGUGUGGAGGUGGACAAGGAUGGCAAUGGGGCCCAGAUAUUUGCCUAUGCUUACGAGAUGAACCAGAGCAAGAGCAGUGGACAGUAUUUGCACCAUUUACUCUGGGAGCGGCACCUGGGGGGCGUGGCGCCGGGCUUCGGGGUGUUUCACCGCAAUGGGGUGACGAUGGACAAUCGGCUGGAGAACCUGUGCCUGGGGCAGGCACGGCCCCUGGCGCCCCGGCGGGGGGAGGCGCCCUGCAAGCAGCGGGAGCACUCUCUGUACUGGGCCGCCAUCCAGCAGCUGCCCCCGGAGCACCUCGUUGAAGAGUUAUCGGACGCCGCUGCCACCAAAUACUUCAAUGCCAAUGGAGAGGUGAUAGAGGAAGAAGAGGAGGGGGGCUGCUACUACGAGUGCCACUACCCACCCUGCAGCAGCCUGGAGCGGGAACCCCGGGAGUUCAGCAUCUGCGGUCGGUGCCAGGCGGCCCGCUACUGCGGCCUCUUUUGCCAGCAGCGGGACUGGCCCCUCCACAAGCGGCACUGCCGCCCCAGGGCCAAGGCGCACCGCGAGCGCGCCCCGGAGCGGUGACGGCACCACGCCACAGAAGUCGACGCACUCCCGGGCCCGCGCCGCUUGCCCCCGGGCUUGCGCUCGCCGGGAGCCGAAGGGAAACCGAAACCACCACGCGGUGCUCAACCCUGUGUGCCAUGCAUUCUCUGCAGUGUCGUGACGUGCAGCGACAUCAAUGAACUUGCGGAACCCUCGCGAAAGAAACUCCAGCAUGUCGUCGGGGCGAAUCUCAAUUUUCGGUGCCUUUUUGGGGGGAGGGAGGGGGAGGGAGGGGCUGGACGGUCGGUGUUGUCCUCGGCUUUACCGGUGCGACCUUGUUGACGAUGCGAGAUUUGCCUCGGGUUCAAGUUGGAGUCGGUCCCAUCGUAAGUGGCCGACACAGUAUGCGUUCCACUCGUUUAUACUGUCGGGAGGUGUGGUUAAUAAUAUGCGUGCUUUGGGAGGCAUUCAAUUCCCAAAAGCGAAAUAGUUUGGGUCGUGCAGCCUAGGUGCCGUGGCCUAGUUGGACACAACUCAACAUUAAGUGGGAGAAGGAACUACCCCGCUCCGGCUUCGUAAAUAUUUGGAGUAACAAAUAAUGAGUGUGCGGGGCCCACGGAUGCGCAUUUGUUUUUAUGCAGAUACUGGGAUUGCUACAGUUAAGAGAGGAGAAAGCGUGUGUGCCCCUUUAGUUCAGUGUUUGUAGGUUUACCCUUCCUUUAUUGUGUUUUGGUUCUUCUCGAGAUCUCAUUGUUUUCUGUGGGCAGUUUGCAUGCUUUUCACUUUGUCAUUGCGAAAUAGCUAGUAUUAUCUCUUGGCCGGUUAAUAUUUGUUUUGGGAACGCUCGUCAGUUUGCCCCAGUGUUUGUGGCCCGAGUCUCGCCGCUCACAGUACCGGACGUGCCACGGUGUCCGUACGCAAUUCUCGACGCAGUCUGCCUAUUCAGUUUGUGGAAGCCUCAACAGAAGGGCAGGUUUCUGGUUGCUGCAUGGUGUUGGGAACUUGUGCCUGAGCUGUCUCUCCCUCCAGCCAUUGAGUCCAGGGAUUCUUCCCAAGCACAGACUGCCAUCUACGUCUUCUCCUUUUGGCUCCCUGUUCCGACGGGCACAGCCUGCCACAUUCACGAGCGGAUGUUGUUCUGCCGUGUGGCCGCACCUUUUCCCAGCUUGUGUGCUCCACCUUGCGAUGUGACCAAACCUUCUGACGAAUUAGUGCUACGUUCCACUUGGGAGGAGGCAUCUGCAAAGGUGGUUGCACCAAGCCUGCCAGUGGGGGCCACUGUUUCAGUGUGGAACAAAUGACUCCAGAAGCCCUUGUUUUCUUUUUUUUUUUUUGUUAUUCUUUUGCAAAUGCCUGCACCGUACUCAACCAAAGCAUUCCCGGCAUUGUUGGUUAACUGCAAAUAUGGGCAGAGAUCUCUGAUGCACUCGCUGCAUUUCUUUUUGAGGGGUGGGCUGUGUGUGCGAGUUUCUUACCGUGUGCCGAUUUUAUUACAAAUUUUCUACCAGCCUGUGCAUUGUUCUUUUGAGUUGUUUGUAGCAGGCAUGUUAGUCUUUGAUGCUGCGUUCCAACAGGGUUCGGUUUUUCUCCCCCGCUCGGACGAUGGGGGGGGAACCUUUCAUUGUUUGUAAUGGCAAUGUUUCUAGUCUGCAUGCUCUUUUAUUACGAUUGGGGGAGGGUGGCACUUGUCCUGCACCGACGUUUGUGCCACUCCCCAACUGCCAAGUGUUACCUGGCAAACAUUUAUUUAUUACCAUAAAAAUUCUUCAUUAUGUAUGAAUGGUGUUACCUACUUGUGCUUUUGUGGCAUCUUCUCCUGUACAGUUGCCAUUUGAAAGUUUUGUCAUUGUUUGCUGUGUACAGACUGGAUUUUAAGUUGCUCUUUCUUUAAUUUUGCAUGUUUUCUUAAUGAUGUGCCAGCUGUUUUUUUAAUGUCGGGAGACACGUCCACUAAUUGAGGAUGCCCUGUUAUGUGGACCAUCGAAUAAACCAUGUGACAAAAUUGA